CACCAUCUCCUUCCCAUGUCUGGUUUCGCCUGGGCACUGUCCGGAUUUGACCCCUUUUCACCGCUGCCAUGUUCACCGCCGCUAAACUGGUGCCGGCCGCAGCAGCGUCUGAUUGAAUUAUUGCAUUUGGCAUUUUCAGCUAGUCAAAGACGAGAAGCCAUGGAAGAGUACCUGCAUUCUACCAAUGUUCGCUAUGGAUCUGGAGCUCUUUACAGACCACUUUCCAUGUCAGUCAUGUUCACACCAGAGGUUCAGUUUGGAAAUGGGAACACAACACUUUUGAGAAGGACCCAGGGCAAGAAUUCGUUUGUUCAAGAAGUGCUCAGAGAGUUCCAGACGAGUGCUACAAGGCAGGAUAUUGACACCGCUGCAAAGUUUAUUGGUGCUGGAGCUGCCACAGUCGGAGUGGCUGGUUCUGGGGCUGGAAUUGGAACAGUUUUUGGUAGUCUUAUUAUUGGCUAUGCCAGAAAUCCUUCCCUGAAGCAGCAGUUAUUCUCGUAUGCUAUCCUUGGAUUUGCCCUGUCUGAAGCUAUGGGACUCUUCUGUUUAAUGGUUGCUUUCCUGAUUUUGUUUGCUAUGUAAAAUUUUCUGAUGAAUAGCCUAAUCAAGUACAAAUGUAAUUAGUAUUUCACCAUGGCUCCCACAAAUAUUUAUGUUGGUGUCAUGGAAAUGUACAUUUCCUAAGUCUGUUGUCAAAUGUUCCAAUAAAUCCUAAUUCAAAUAA